AUGCUACGGCCGGUAGCUGUAGCCACACAGCCGUGGCAUCGCAGCAGCUACUCGACCCAGGCGCUGGUGGGCGCGCGGCUGAACGUGCCGAUCGACUACGCGACGACACCGCUGCUGGCACACACAGCGCAGGCAGCGCUGGGCCAAGCAGAGCUGCCGGCAGCGGUGCGCAGCGGGACGACGAAGCGGAUGAACCUGUUCCAGGCGGUCAACGACGCUAUGGCGACGGCGCUGGGCGAGGACGAGUCGGUGCUGUUGUUUGGCGAGGACAUUGCCUUUGGCGGUGUCUUCCGCUGCUCGAUGGGCCUGCGGGACACAUUUGGCGACGAGCGAGUGUUCAACACGCCGCUGAGCGAGCAGGGCAUCCUGGGCUUUGGAAUCGGACUGGCAGCUGAGGGCAUGCGGCCGAUCGCAGAGAUCCAGUUUGCCGACUACGUCUUCCCGGCCUUUGACCAGCUCGUCAACGAGGCAGCCAAGUUUCGGUAUCGCGACGGGACCAACGGCCGCCACGUCGGCGGACUCACAGUGCGCAUGCCCUGUGGCGGCGUCGGCCAUGGCGCGCUCUACCACUCGCAGUCGCCCGAGAGCCUGUUCGCCCACAUCCCUGGCCUGCGCGUCGUCAUGCCGCGCUCACCCCUGCAGGCCAAGGGCCUCCUGCUGGCUGCCAUCCGCUGCAAUGACCCGGUCGUCUUCUUCGAGCCCAAGAUCCUCUACCGCGCCGCCGUCGAGCAGGUCCCCACUGCCCCCUACACCCUGCCGCUCUCCAAGGCUGAGGUGCUCAAGCAGGGCGCCCACCUGACGAUCGUCUCCUACGGCCAGCCUCUCUACACCUGUCUCAGUGCCAUCCGCCGCGCCGAGGAGGACCUAGGCGCCGGCCUCUCCAUCGAGCUCAUCGACCUCCGCACUAUCUACCCCUGGGAUAAGGAAUGUGUCCUACAGAGCGUCCGCAAGACCGGCCGCUGCAUCGUCGUCCACGAGUCUAUGAUCAACCAGGGCGUCGGCGCCGAGGUCGCCGCCAGCAUUCAGGAGGACCCAGACACCUUUGUGCGUCUAGAGGCCCCUGUCAUGCGCGUCGCCGGCUGGAGCACGCCCAACGGCUUGCUGUACGAGAGGUUCAACAUUCCUGACGUUGCCACUCUGACACCGAUCCUGCCAGCCGUUGCCAACUGCUGA